CCCAUAUAUUUUGAUUUUCUAUGCAUUGUAUUUAAGUGGAAAAAAAUUGACACACAUGUGAAAGUUGGAUGAGUGAACAAGAUAGAGAGAGCAUGUUCGAAUGCUCCAUGGUGUACAAGUGCUAAAUAUGCCACAAAGGCGAAAAACUGUCGUCGAAAGCAACUAAGAAGAAGUGAGAGCACUUUUGUUACCCUAGAUAGGAACAAAUGUCGAGCAUUGUCGAGCUAUGUAAACAGUUAUUCAUGGGGAUCUUGGCCACUGAACAAUUAAAUGAAGGUUAGCUAAACAAGCUAAGCACUUGAGUAAAAAGUUGUAGUUGCUAAGUAUUUUUCAUGCACCUGUCACCAAUUAUAAGCACUUUCGCACUGAAGGAAGCCUAAUAUUGGUAGUAGCAAGAUUGCCUCCCCAAACACACGUGUCCCCAAGCUACAGUUUCCUUGAGAGUCCCUGAGCUGGUUUGGAUUACCUCUUGGCCACGAAACUGAUGCCCGUGUGUUCGGCCCGCCCCAGAACCGACCGAAUUAAUUCCAGCUUGUUUGUUCCACAAGCAAGCAAGCGCAGGUGUUACGUAGGUAGCCGCCAUGGUCCUUCUAGAGAAUCGUAAGGAAACAAGUGUAAACAAGAGAGGAAAAAAGGUCACACGGAACGGAAGCAGAGUAAACAGAGAGAUUGGCGGCACCGCGUGCCUCACGAGUGACGUGCAUCGCGCGCCAUCACGCCCAUCCCCGCCCAAAACUAUACAAAGGGUAGACCUUCUCGAAGGUCGCCCCGCCCCGAUCUGCCUUCCCUAUAUAAACGCCGGUGCGUUAUCCCAACGAACUAGAGCAAAGCCUCGCACCCAAAUCAGCAAAGAAAGCAAGCAAGCCAAACAAACGACGUUUCACCCAAUAAGACAUGGAGGAGCGGCGCAGUGACAGCCGACGCCAGGAGCCCAUGGUCGCCAGGGCGGAUGGCCCCCCGAUUCCCGCCGACGAGUCCGACGACGAGUUCGAGUUCUCCUUCGGGAGCCGGGAGCCUGCCACGGGCGGCGCCACGGCCGACGAGCUCUUCGCCGACGGCCGCAUCAGGCCGUUCUACCCGGUGUUCGGCCGCGUCUUCGACGACGCGCACGUGCCGUCGGCGCCCGGCCGGAGGCCGCUGGGGCGGCUGUUCCUCGAGGAGGCGCGGAACUCGUCCGUCGGGUCCACGUCCUCCUCCUCCUCCUCCGCCGCCACGGACGCCGGGGACCUCGACGGCGCGUCCCCGGACACCUACUGCGUCUGGACGCCCGGCGCGUCGGCCGCGUCCUCGCCGGCGCGGUCACCGCGGAAGAGCGGCUCCACGGGAUCCUUGUCGCGGUGGCGCCGCGUCAGCGAGCUCGUCGUCGGCCGCAGCCGCAGCGACGGCAGGGACAAGUUCCGCUUCCUUUCCGCGCCGCCCUCACCUGCCAGGGAGCAGCCCAAGGGGAAGCCAAGAGGCCGGGACAGCAAAGCCACCACCGAGCUCGACACAGUGGCCGCCGGCCACCGGCAGUUCUACGGCGCCAAGGCCUCCCCCGGCGCGGCGCGGCGGACGUUCUUGCCGUACCGGCAGGAUCUCGUCGGCCUCUUCUCCACGCCCAAGGGGCUCAGCCGGAGCCAAUACUUCUGACUUCAAGGAGGCGCGUCCCCCGCCCCGCCGUGAAGAACCAGUUUCAAAAUGUGAGAUUUCACAUUUGGGUUGAAAUUUCGAACUUUUGACCCGGGAGCAACUUCGUGUUCGUAAUUGGCCAUGGUAUAACUGGAUUGUUGAACGGGAUUGAGGUCGUCCAAAAAGACGAGGCGUCAAGUCAGAGCAAGGGAAAUGUGAGGCUUAAAUUCUGGAUUCAGUCAGGGAUAUCGGGCUCUCCAAGUCAAUGUGAAGUUGUGAUCGACAUGUGAACAUAGUAGGACCAAAAAAAGGACUGUAUAGGAGAUUAAAAUACACGUGGAAGCUCAGAAAAGUUUUGUAGUGAUCAUGUGUUACCUGUACAUGCAUGUAUAUUGUACUACCAGAAUAAUAGAUUUUUUUCUUGUAGCAA